GGUGCAGUCACGUAGGCGACCAUCUGAUCAGUUAUGAAUGUUGUUGUACCAUCGACCACAAUGACGCCAUUCUCGACAGUCCCUAUACAAGCGCUGGCUCCGAGGAAUACGCCACCUGUGAAGUUCCCUACAGGCAUGCCAUAUCUCAUCUGACUGGGACAGCAAUACCCCGAAGUAAGUCCUGUGUUCACCUCCUGCAGCACCGUCUCGUAUGCCUCGGGACAUACACCUGGCGAAUACGUCUGUGCGGUGGUCUCUUUGGAGAAGUCGCUGGGAUAGCACUCGCUGGCAAUCUUGCGCACAACGAGGAACGCGGUGCGUCCGAUUUCGUCUAGUCCUGCUGAUCGAACCUGAUCCUGUCCUCUUGUGUAGCUAGGAGCCAAGCAGGAGGAUGGAGGUGUGAAGACUGUCGUCAACCCGACGGUGUAAGUAGGGCCUUCUGUAUUUAUGCUCGACGACACUGUGAGGUGCAGAAGGGUCCUGUGCUUUGCCGCUCGGUAGAGAUGUCUUUGAGGUUUCGCAGCUCCAAGGUGCUAUAUAAGCAACGAGCAGAAUGAUAUUGGCAUAAACAAUCUUCCAGGUCCGAUCUCCCAGGUUGGAAGUAGACAGAAAGAGACCAAACAAAAAGCAUGCUAGCAGCCAUCAGUACAGGAAGUGGCCGCACUGUUGUUGGAUGAUCUCCAGCUUGACCGAGGCGCGGAGGCAUGAUGUUGAUGUGGCUUGCAUUUGAGCCGUUCUCAUGGCCAAUGGAA